AGCAGCUUAGUCUCUCCGUAGUGGUCCCCCGGUGCCCGCUGUAGGAAGUCGUUCUCUCCGGCGCGACCUCAUUGGAGAAAGAAAGAAAAAAUUGUCACUCGUUGAGAAUUGUGAAUUUCGUCGAACGUGGAGUUGGAUAUAUAUACGUAUAUAUAUAUAGGCCUAUAGCGUGUCGGAAGUGGAUUUAAAAAAAAAAGAAGAAGAAAUCUUGUAGCGAUUUUCGGAUUAUAAUUAUUAUUUGUUUUUGAUUUUGAUGGAUUACGCUGGAGUGAAGAGAUGCGAGUGGUGUCAUUGCUCGUGACAGCCAUCUAUCGGAUAUUCAGUGGAUAAGUUUAUAAGUGCAGUUUAAGCGAGAAAGUUUUUUUUUUCUAUGUCCUCUGCGUGUGAUCAGAACUUAUGUGAUACCGAAGUUAUUUAAGAACUUGGAGAGCGAUGAGUGUGGAGUAUAACUAGUCAUCGGGUUGAGAAGAAAGGUGGUGCAGCUGUGUGGUGUGGGUUGUGUGUAGUGUGAGCUGGUAAUUAGCAGAGACGAUGGCGUGUGCUCCGUCUCCACCUGCAGCAGAGAAGGGCCAAGACCUGCUGACGCCGUUGCUUGAGGCCUUGGCACUCGAGCCUAAGUACCAGCCCGCCUUGGCACUCCCGCACACUGCUAAGCAGGAUGGUGGGGAGAUCAGCAUGAGGAUGCGCAAUGGGUCGGCCCAUGUGCUGCGCUGCUUGAAGGUGUGGUAUGACCUUCCACCAGAUACCUUUUUCAACGCAGUCAACAUCAUGGAUCGUUUCCUCACACGCAUGAAGGCUCAGCCAAAGCAUUUGUCUUGCAUUGCGGUGAGUGCAUUCCAUCUUUCAUGCCAGUUCACCCCUGGGUACAGCCACCUGAGGGACGUGCCCCAGGUGGUGCCUGACACCAGAGACCUCACCACCAUCUCUCAGUGCAAAUGCUCGUCAGGUGAUGUGACCCGCAUGGAGCGCAUCAUCAUGGACAAGCUGGCCACAGACCUGCGCUGCCAGCCACCCGUUACGCCCCUCACGCUGCUCCGUCUCCUGCAUGCCGCUCAUUCCCACCUGGCUGCCCCACACCUGGCCCAGCCCUCACUGCCCACAUCCCUCACCACCCUCGUGCACAAGCUGGAGAUCGUGGAGUGCGACGCAGCAGCUGCCACAUUCAGACCGUCAGAGCUGGCCCUGGCUCUUCUGGCACUGGAACUGAGGCACGAUGCAGCCAACGAGCAACUUCACAAUGCUUGUAUAGAUCAUCUGCAAAACAUAUGCAAGGUGGCUGACGACAGCUUCAGUAAGUGCCAGAAGGUAGUCGCUGAACUGAUGGAUCAGUAUGAGAACCAGAGACACUCCCCCCACCGACAGCGUCUCGUAUGGAAGCUCUCCAACAGAACUCUUCGACAGCUGAGACCCACCGACAAGUUCACCACUCGGCUGCCCACCAUCGUUGAAAUGCAGGGUCCCUCUCAUCCUCCUAUCAUAAGGCCGAGAACGGAUAGCGAGAGCUCGGAGAUGUACAUGUCAUCUUCCGAGGAGGAAAUGGAUUAUGAUUACGACGAAGAGUUCCCCCCACUCCCCACUCCAGCAACCUCAAUGAAAUCUCCUCGGAAAUUGCCCAGCCAGUCGCCCCACAAGAAGGUCCCCCCUUUUCUUCCUUAUCCUCAAGUUAACCGAAAACAUAACCGCCUUGCAUAAUUGUGUUUUUGCUGUGCAGCGCACCUAGGGCAAGCAAGAAACUACAACCUUUGCCACAUUUAAAAAAAAAAAAAUAACAA